GGGCGAACGGCACGCCUCCAACGGGCAACGGCUACCCUUUCGCUGCCCCGCCCCGAGGCAGCCCCUCCCCUCCUCGGCGACACGACAGCCGCCGCCGCCGCGCCUGGGAGGAAUCCAAGCGAACCACCCCCCGCCCCACGCCGUUCCCGGUUCGUUGUCGCCGCCCUUACAAGCGCGAGCAGCCUCCCGCCCCCCCUCUCCCACGAUCUAUCGAGGAAUCAUCGGUUGGGCGUCGCUUCGCCUUUCCACGGCCGGGGCUGGUCGAUCUCCGCGUCGAGGAACCGGUUUCUCGCUGAUUUCCGUGGAGCGGCCGGGGCGGCGGCGGAUUAGAUCGCCGAGGAUUUCUCAGGGGGUCCGCUCAGCUCUAUGCUGCCGCGAUGCCGGCCACCAGCAUCCGCUCGGCGUCCCCCGACUCCGCCGGCGACAUCGGCGCCGCGCUCGCCCUCAUGGACCUCGUCGGCGGCGGCGGCAGCGCGCUCGCCUGCGGCCGCCGCAGCAGCUUCUCCUACCGCCGCAUCCCCGAUCCCCCCCUCCGCCUCACCGUCCGCAAGCUCGACGGCUCCUUCUUCGACGUGGAGAUCGCGAGGUCGGCCGCGGUGUGGGAGCUGAAGGCGGCCAUCGAGGAGCUUUUCUUCGCCCUCUUCGACGACACCGACAAGGCCAUCUCUUGGCAGCACGUGUGGAGUCACUUCUGCUUAUGCUUCAAGGACGAGAAACUGACGGAUGACAAGGCAACAUUGCGUGCAUUUGGCAUUAGGGAUGGUGAUAAGCUUCAUUUUACCCAGCAUCUCUCUGUUGACGACAGCCCAUGCAAGAGUCUUUCCAAAAACCAGAAGGCAGCAUCUCACAGAAGGUCAACUACUUUGUUGGAUGAUUCCAGGCCAGGGAGUUUGUUGGAUGAUCUCAAUGAAGAUGAGGGUGUGAAGUUUACUUAUAGCAGGUGUUCUACAAGUGUCUUUGAAGAUCUUUCUAUUCAUGAGUACAAUGAGGGGCGUGUGGAAGAAGAAAGUCAUCGCAAGAAGGGAAGUUUAUUUCGUGGUUGGUUCUCUUACUCUAAAUUGAUGAGGAGUAACAGGAGGACCCAUGCAGAAUACACUGUGCCACUAUCUUGUGAGAAGAAAAAUGCACGUCCGAAGUUUGGGAAGUGGUUCUCCUGGAAAAGAUGAAGACCCAGUGCAGUUGAGGGCUAAAUGGAUGGUCUCUGUGGCAUAUGUGCUUCUAUUCCACCGAAAUGAAAUUCUGGAAUGGUGUUUCUGUCUAUGUACACGCUCCUUCAUACGGCCAGCCGAAAAAGCAGAUGGCAUGAUUCCUUGCAAAUCUUUGGAAAGACUAACUUAGUGAUCCCAAAGUUUAAUGUAUAUACGUGUAUGAUCUGAGUUAUUGUUCCUUUAUAAAAGAAAUCAACGAUCUUAUUAUAUGGU